AGUCAUAUUCAAGUGCUACCAUAGCCUUUCCAGCCUUUCCGUGUACAUUAGUCAGCACCGAACUGCACACGGAGGACGACCACCAUGAGUUCAUCGACAUCAGCCACAUCUUCUCAGCCUAGAAAAUCACAGGCAACAACGUGUCAAGAAUGCAGGAGGCUCAAAAUAAAAUGUGAUCGAGUGUUCCCUUGCGCCGCAUGCAUUAGGAGAGGUUGUGGAAAUUUAUGCCCCAACGGGACGUUGGAAAAAGGGAAAAGGGGAUUCUUAAAGAGACUCGAGCAGGCGUUGCCUCCAUCCUUGAACAAGGCCGGAAGCGAUGGUGCAGGACCAUUAUCUGAGGUUGCCAUGUUUGUAUCCCGGGAUGCGGCGAUGGCGAAGCGCAUAAAAGAUCUUGAAGCAGCGUUGGUCGAAGCAGGAGUUGAGGUCCCUGGACUGCCUCGUACCACUCAUAGCAAUACAAACAAACGAAUAAGAGCAGGAGGCAACCCUUCUGAGACUGAAAUUUGGGAAAUCAACAAUGAUUCUUCAUCGUCGGUGUCAGAUUACAAUGAUGUCGCAGUAGGCUUUGGCACGUUAACUAUCGACCCAAAGAAUCGGUCUCGAUAUAUUGGCUUGUCCAGUGGAUCCGCUUAUCUAGACAGUGAUAUGUGGGGUUCUCGAGGUAAAGAGGAUCAAUCUCUGAAUAGGACUUAUGAAGACUACUUGGAGCGCGACCUUGAAACACAGAUAUUAGCUACACUCUGUGCAUUUCCGCCCUAUGAGGAGGCCGUCCAGCUUGCUAAUCUUUACUUCCAGCACAUUUCUUUUAUGUAUGAAGUUGUCCCCAAAGAAACGUUUUUUUCAAAACACCUCUCAGCGGUCUACAAUGACUCCAUCAAGACACUCCGGACUCCCCUUCUGCAACACACCGUAGCCCUCGUUGGCAUCGUUCUUGCAAUUGGACAAUACUUUGAUUUAGAGAAACCUCGUUCCUCCGUUCAAAUACGAGCUGCAGAACUUUUCCGCCUUGCCUCAUUUGCCCUGAACAGUCGCAAUAUCAUUGACGGAGGUCUGAAGAUUCUUACCUUACAGGGUCUGCAAACAUUGCAUUUGAUGGCAGUGUUCAAUCUGAGUAUGAAGGAUGAAGAAGGGGCGGAGAAUGCAUGGCAGUUGCUCGGCCUAGCUGUGAGGUCAAUGCAAGCGCAAGGAUUCCACAUCGACCCCUCGAGGUGGUCUUUACCAACUAAAGACCUUGAAGAAAGACGACGCGUAUUCUGGGAAAUACAUCUAUAUGACUGUUUGCAAUCUUUCGCUGUUGGCCGCCCUUGCGCUCAGAGCGGGAUACAUUUUGAUUGUAAAAUGCCGACCACUAGCGAUUGUCCUCUACCCUCAGAUUCCGACUCGUCUAACAGCACUUGGUCUCACACACGCUGGCAUACCUACAAAUUUAGAUGGGCAGAAGUCCUGGGUGGUAUUAUGGACAAUGUUUUCUCCGUCAAGAAGCCUCCUACCUAUUCAGCUAUCAUGCAAUACGAUCAACAGAUUAAUGAAUUUUACUUCUCCCUACCACAAUGGAUUCUUUCUCCAUACGUCAUGUAUCCUGUUGAUCGUGCAUUGUGGGCCCAGCUAUAUCCUGAGGGAGCUAAUGGACAGACUCGGUAUGAUCCAUACGAGGAGGGCGGUUUCAAAGGGCUGGGUAAACCAGAGGAUCAAACACAAUGUUCGCAAAUGAAUUCACUCGCUACGAUGAUUUUCACGGCCACAUUACACUUGCAUCGGGGUCCAUUCUGUAGAGCUUUGAUGCUCGAGCCUCAGAAAAUGCUCAAGUCUCAGUAUGAACAGAGCAUUGCAAGAGUAGUUUCGUCCUCCACGGCAAUCGUUAACAUUGCUCGAGGGAUGUUCGUCUCAUACCCCAACCUGACUUCUCGUCUCUGGUAUUGGGUCUUUCAUACCUUCAGCGCCGCUGUCUGCCAAGCUGUCUUCGUCAUUGUUGCGCCCUUCCAUCCUCUGGCUUCACACGCGUUCCGCAGCCUCCAAGAUGCCAUCGAACUCUUCAAGCAGGCCGACGGCAAGGACGCGAGGACUGCGACAGUGAGGUUGUCGGAACUGGUUAAGAAAUCUGCCCAAUCGAUGACGACGUUUAGAAAUGCUGUUAUGUCGCAGGAAGUCAAGAGCGGUAGAGCCGUGAAGAGAUUGCCUAUCAGCGGAACUGACGUAUGCUUUGAUGUGGAACAGGCGGAAAGUAUAGCUUCGGAAGUCAGCGACAUAGUGAGAUUCCCCGAAUCCAAUGCAAGAAAACCAGAGGACUUUCUGGGUGCUUCUACCAAAUUAGUCCGUUUGCCUGAGGACUUCCACCGCGUACGCUCAAAUACUGCUCCAGUGCGGUUCGAACAUCUGACCCAGCAAGGUCUCAAUGUCCCCCCGGAGCAACAACAACAACCCCAUCACGCUCUUUUUGGAGAUCCUUUUGCUGAGAUGAUGGGACUAUAUAAAAAUGCUUCAUCGCCUCCCGUUGACCUAUACCGCUCAACAAACACAAACGAUCUGUCUUCAGCUCGAAUUUCUUCAUUACAUUCUAUUUCGCAGAUGUGGGCUGGUCCUGCAUACCAUGCCACUCAUACUUCUAUGGAUGAUCGCACCUUUCCGCCACCUGAUUUUCAGGAUUUUCAACCAACUCUAGUUCGAGGAGCAGAGCAACAUCAGGUAUCGGAUGCCAUUGCGCCUGUAAUAGGACAUAUGCACCCUGGCUUGCAUUUCAAUGAUGUCGAUGGCUUCAAUUUGUUGAGUUUCAUCCAAGACGGUGCGAAGGCAUGGGCAUAUGAGCCACUGGCGCACAGCUGAACGAAGGAAAGAAGAGCUCUGAUGUUCAAUAGAUCACUCCAAGGAUGUACAUAGAUACAUAUGUAUGUAAACGACAAGAUUCACAA